AUGAGCACUCUCGUGACUCCGGUCUCGACAUGGACGCAAAGAAGAUCCGCCAUUGAUUUCCAAGUCCUGAGCUCCAGAUCCGUCUUCCCCAUCUCUUUUUUUCCCCCUAAGAAGCCCUCCAAGAAGCCCAUCCGCAUUUCAUCGAACACCCCAUCCGCAAUCCUCACGAAGGAGCAGCAGCAGGAGCAAGAGGGCAAAGAUAACGAAAAAUCCGCCGCCGCCGCCUUCGAUUUCAAGCGCUACAUGCUCGACAAAGCCAACUCCGUCAACGCCGCCCUCGAGGCCGCCGUCCCCCUCCGCGAGCCCCUCCGCAUCCACGAAUCGAUGCGCUACUCCCUCCUCGCCGGCGGCAAGCGCGUCCGCCCCGUCCUCUGCAUAGCCGCCUGCGAGCUCGCCGGCGGCGACGAGGCCACCGCCAUGCCCGCCGCCUGCGCCGUCGAGAUGAUCCACACCAUGUCCCUGAUGCACGACGACCUCCCCUGCAUGGACGACGACGACCUCCGCCGGGGUAAACCCACCAACCACAAGAUCUACGGAGAGGACGUGGCCGUUCUCGCCGGAGACGCCCUCCUAGCCUUCUCCUUUGAGCACAUGGCCACCGCCACCAAAGGUGUACCGCCGGAAAGGAUCGUUCGCGUGGUGGGCGAGCUUGCCCGCUGCAUCGGCUCCGAGGGGCUCGUUGCCGGUCAAGUGGUCGACAUCUGCUCGGAAGGUAUGUCUGAGGUUGGAUUAGACCAUCUGGAAUUCAUUCACCUUCAUAAAACAGCGGCCCUCUUGGAGGGUUCUGUUGUACUUGGGGCAAUUCUUGGUGGGGCAAACGAUGAGGAAGUCGAAAAGCUUAGAAAAUUCGCGAGGUGUAUUGGGCUUUUGUUUCAGGUGGUGGAUGAUAUACUCGAUGUCACGAAAAGCUCAGACGAGCUCGGCAAGACAGCUGGCAAGGACUUGGUGGCGGACAAGACGACUUAUCCGAAGCUGCUCGGGAUUGAAAAGUCGAGGGAGUUUGCAGAGAGGUUGAAUAGGGAAGCCCGGGAGCAGUUGGCUGGGUUUGAUCAGGUUCGGGCCAUGCCUUUGCUUGCUUUGGCUGAUUAUAUUGCUUACAGGGACAAUUGA